AUGUCACUUGAUGAAGCCGCCCCUGGAUACGGCUACAUAUGGGAAUAUCGAAGCAAUGCAGAUCCGUGGGAUGCAGAACAAGUUCCCAAGUGGACACAAUUUCCUAGUGCUACAUCACUAGCCAUUGAAAACGCAAAGAAUCAACAAUCCAAGGAGAUAUUUAUUGAGAAUAAUUAUCGUAUUGACUUGGAAAAAUAUGUUCAGCAGCAUACGAUAGACUUACAUAGACAAAGACCUAUUCGGCGACGACGACUACUGUUACAGCACGAUUUAAUCAAUAAUUCUUCAGAUAGUGAAAGUAUUAAAUCUCACCGAGAACGGAUGUCAUACUGUUUGGGAGCACCACAGCGGUGUAGCACCACUCGGGAUAUGUCUUACUAUGGUUCAUCGUUUGUAGAUGAUUGGCUAUUCUUAUUUUCCCAUGGGAAACUGGCAAUUACUUUCGAUACUAUCUUUCCUGCCCUUUUCAAUGGUUUGAUUACUGAAGGAAAAAAUCAGGAGACACAUAUACUCAAUGACAUCGAAAAAUCGCUACGCACAGCUCAGCAAAAAACCAAUGGACAACCUGACGAAGAUAGAAUAACUGAAUUAGAAGUUUGCUGUGCACGACUUUAUACCAAAGAGUCUUAUGUAUACUGCAUGACAAAUAAUGCAUUACGUGACGAUGACCGAACGAAGUUAGUCACACUCGGACCGUUUUGUUAUCUUCUAUUCAAUUACAUUGCUCGAUGUCUCAAACAGAAACCAUCCAUUCGACAUCGUCUUCGACAAUUUUUACAUUCGAAUAAAACAGACACGAUUAUUCUUUAUCGCGGCGACAGAGCCUCAGAAAACACUAUACAUGAGUAUCGGCAGGCAGCUGGAGAUAAAUCUCAAUAUUUCAAAUGGCUUCCAUUCAUUUCGACUUCACGGAAAAAGGAAGAAGCAGAUAAAUUUGCACAGGAUGUUAUGUACAUAAUUGCAAUUGAAUCUCAGUUGUCCAACGAAGACAGAUUUGCAUUUAUGGCACCGAUCAGUGAGUACAUCAACGAAGACGAAUAUCUACUACUGCCAGGUCUGCAAUUUCAAGUGAAGAAAGUCGAAUUUAACAACACGCAAGGUUUAUAUUACGUUCAUAUCAAGAUCAUUUCAUCGUACAUCUCAAAACUACACUAA